AUGUCCGGCUCUGGAGGCAGUGGCUCAAGCUCGCAGCCUUUGGAUUUGGAUGAUGAUGUUGUGGAAGAGUUACGCAGGAGUUACAGCUAUUAUGAGUACUUUCACAGGGGCCAGGCUACCCAAUGGAUUGAAUUCGAGCGGGGGUUCGGUGCUGCCUUUGUAAAGGAAUGGGCGGAACUGCCUGUCCCGAGGAGAUCAAAUGUAUCGGACAUCAACAUUCCGGCGAACGUCCAGCGUAAGCCUUAUAACAAGCUUCCGCUGUUUGAUGGAGAUGGAGAUGAAGAUGAAGAUGACGAUGAAGCACGUGAACGGCAAGCCGCUCGACAGCGAGAAAUUCAAGCUCUGCAAGAUGGAACACAUCCCACGACUCAGGCCUUGAAUCCACUCCGUAUGCGGUUUCUCAAAUUACUGGGCGCUGGGUCGCAAGGAACAGCAGCCCUCUUUGAGAUAACAGAGGAAAACAACCAAGCCCGAAAGAUCGUGGCCAAGUACAGCACACCGAAAAGUGAUGAAGAGACAUCAACAAGCAUGGAUCUGACAGAAGAGAAGGGACGUCUCAAAGUAAGUCAAGGGAGAGAUGCUGGUAGCCACGCUGAAACAGAUGGAUGGGCAAGCAUCAUGUCGGCUCGGCUCAUACCAGCCCUGCUCUACUAG